CCUGCCAGUGUGUUCAGUCUUCUCGUAGCCUUCCCCACGGAAACAUCGUCCACAAUCGUGCCGCACAUUUUUUGAUACGUAUUUACUUGCUUGCUUGCGAAUAAAUAGUCGUCGUCUGCGUAUUUUCUCACCAUCUCCUCAUCGCAAGAGAGUGUGGGAGAGAGAGAGAAGGGUACAUUUUCCGGAGAAAAGCCCGAGUCUUGUUAGUGUAGACAUUGCCACUGCCUGUCUGCCUACCCGUGUGUUUUUCGGUGGUAGAAAGUAGUAGAAAGUAGGUGUCGGGCAUUUAUUUAUUGAGCGAGAACAGUCCGAAAAAUAUUAAUAAUAAUAAAAAAAACCAUAGGCAACCAACUAAAUUUUUUAUUGAAGUGACUGACUCCUGUUGGAAAAAAGGAUUUGUAUUAUUUGCCUAGUUUCUUAUUCUUCGCGAGUGUCGUCCACCAAGUGUCAAUAAAUAAGAUAAGGUGUUAUCGAUUAAAACAAUACAAUGCCAGACUCGGAUACCGUGCCUAUUCCAAAAAACAACAAUAAUGGAGUUCUCCCCUCGGCGGCUUCUUUGUCCGAGUCGGACUCCUUUCCUGAGAGUCCGUACGUAUCCCCGUUUCCUCCCGGGGGGUCACGACCUUGGGGAAAUGUGAUGACCCAUAAUAGUGCUGGGGGUGUGGGGGGGAAGAGUCCCUUUCAGGAUGAGUCCCUCCUUCUGGAUGCCUUCAAUGUGGCCGACGAGCGAAACUUGGGACACAGGAUUUUUGUAAAUCGAAGUCUUCAUUUGGACAAAAUCAAGUUUUAUGGAUUCGACAUGGAUUACACCCUGGCCGUUUACAAAUCACCGCAAUAUGAAAAUCUUGGCUUCAAUCUGGUCAAGGACCGCUUGGCCGCUAUGGGAUACCCAAAUGAGAUUCAGGAAUUUGUUUACGAUCCUUCCUUCCCCAUUAGAGGCCUCUGGUUUGAUUCUUUAUACGGAAACUUGCUCAAGGUUGAUGCAUACGGCAAUAUUUUGGUUUGCUGUCACGGAUUCCAGUUUUUGAAGCAAUCUGAAGUUUACGAAUUGUACCCGAACAAGUUUAUCCAGUUGGAUGAGAGUCGAACGUAUGUGUUGAACACGCUCUUCAACCUACCUGAGACUUAUUUAUUGGCAUGUUUGGUCGAUUUCUUUACCAAUGUCCCCGACAGUGUGACGGAGCAUAAAGGUGUUCGAUGCGGCGAUCUGUUCAUGUCAUACAAGUCGAUCUUCCAAGACGUGCGAAAUGCGGUGGAUUGGGUCCAUGAGAAGGGCGAUCUGAAAAAGAAGACGGUUGAAGACAUGGAAUACUACGUUGUGAAGGACGAGCGUUUGCCCAUGCUACUGAGCCGUAUUCGUGAAUCUGGUGCGAAAGUAUUCCUCCUAACUAAUUCCGAAUAUUGGUAUACGCAGAAAAUAAUGACAUAUCUCUUCGACUUUGAUCAUGGUCCACAGAUAACCGAUCCCCACCGAGAUUGGAAGACUUACUUUGAUUGCAUUUUGCUGGAUGCGCGAAAGCCACUCUUUUUCAAGGAGGGAACCAUCCUGCGACAAGUGGAUACCAAGACAGGCGCUUUAAAGAUAGGAUCCCACACGGGGCCUUUGAAACAAGGACACGUUUACUCGGGCGGAUCGUGCGAUGUGUUCACCGAGCUCAUCCAGGCCAAAGGAAAGGAUGUGUUGUACAUUGGUGAUCACAUUUUCGGUGAUAUUCUGAAGUCUAAGAAAAUCCGGGGAUGGCGCACCUUCCUCAUUGUGCCAGAAUUGGUGCAAGAACUCCACGUGUGGACGGACAAGUGUCAAUUGUUUCACAAGUUGCAAAACUUGGACGUCAUGCUUGGAGAGACUUAUAAAAAUUUGGACAGCAGCACUCGCGAACGGCCCGACAUUUCCAAGGUGAGAUCCGCCAUCCGGGAAGUAACGCACGAAAUGGACAUGAGCUAUGGCAUGCUGGGCAGUCUCUUCCGGUCCGGGUCACGCCAAACAUUCUUCUCCAGCCAGGUCGUCCGGUAUGCGGACUUGUAUGCAGCCACCUUCCUUAAUCUCAUGUACUACCCGUUCUCGUACAUGUUCAGGGCACCCGCCAUGUUGAUGCCUCACGAGUCCACCGUGGCCCACGAGCAAAGCUUUGUCGCCGACACUCCAAUGUUCUCCCGAUCUAGGCAGCUUUCCAUGUUGGACGGAGUCACCUCGACGGACUCGAUCCUCUCUGAGAACAAAACUCCAGUCAUCCAACCCAUGAACAACGUGGUGCCAAAGCAAACCGGAAUACUCGAGCGCAGCUCUUCCGUCGGAAUUCCUCACAUUCGCCCAGAAACUCCUCGCAAGUUGACAUAUCAUCACGACGAGGAUGACUCCGAGGAAGACACCAACAGCGACAAGUCUGCGUAGAAUUGAUGAAGGCUACGAUUUCUAAAAAAAUAAUACUUCCAAAAAACUGUCAUCCUCCAUUAUUUUAAAAACUUUUCAAAAUUUUGAGUCGAAAUUAUUCCAAACUUUUUUGAGGUAUCCUCUUUUCCCAUUUGGCUCUACAUAUUUCAAUCAGCAUAAAUGGUCAAUAUGCAUUAUGGCCUUUUUUAAUGUGCACAUUUGUAGCCAAGUAAAAACAGAAACGAACUAAAUUAUGUACUUGCUAGUCCAAUAUUUUUCUAUUUUUUAACGCUGUUUGCCUUUCAAAAAAAGACAAGGUGGAUGUGUUAGUACAUACUUUUAAAAAUAAAACGGCAUCAUAUAAUCAAUCAAUCAAUCGUGCUCACGUAAUUCCAUUUUUUGCCUAAUGUCCGCCGUGUAGCUAUUUUUGUGCCGUGGGUGCCGUUUUUUGCGUCUAGUUCUGGUGAAGGGUGUUGAUUCCAAAGGUUUGUAAAAGUUGAACCGUAUGGUUACCAAUUAUUUUGUUCGCCCUGCAUUUUUAAUUACUGUUAUUAUAAUUAGAUGGAUGGUGGAUUUUUAACUUUUUAACAAAAUGGCGUGGUAAAUAAAUAGGUAGAGACUUAGUUAAUUUUUAAAUCGACUGAUAUUUUCUAUAUCGGUAGAAACAGAAUAGAUAGUUUUAGAGUAGCAGUGCCUUAUUAAAUUGCCACCGCCAUGAAGAUGCCACUCGUCGUCAUUCAUUAUAUACUCCCAUUAUUAAUUAAUUAAUUAAUCAAUCCAUUAAUGAACUUUUAAAUUAUUUUCUCUUUAAAAAAUGAACUACUCCAUAAAAUAAAUUUAUGAACAGAUUUAUUUAUUUAUUUAAACGACAGCUCUUCCCAAGAAGAAGAAGACAAUAUAUAAUUCGUAUACAUUCAUUUAUCUGAAUUAUUACAUUAUACUUAAACAUUUAACUUGUGUGAAUAAAAAGAGGUGACCAUGA